AUGUUUAGUAGACAAGAAAUUUCGAGUAUCAUGAGCAGUACUUCAUCCGCUUCUUCCUCAUCGUCGUCAAAUAGAAAUCAUCAAAAGACAUGUGCAUUUACCGACAGAAAUCGCACUCGAUUUGCUCCCGAAAGAUCUUCAUGUUCACGAGUGAAUCAAAGAUUUAAUUCAAAUUCCGUUGCUUUAAAUGAUCUAAUGAAACUCGAUCAACUCGUUGACACUUUAAAAUCUUUGAAACGUCUUAUAUCACAUUAUUUCGAUCAAAUAUCGAAACAAGGUGAAUCAACAUUAGCUGGCGAUGUGCGACGUGUUUAUCGACGUGUGCUACUUCUUUAUGUAAAAUACCGUCGACGACAAAACUAUGAAAAGCGUCGUUUGAAACAACCGAUCCAUAAGUCUGACGACGAAGAUCAAGUAGAAGACGGUGAUGUAGAUAAUAAGAAUUUGAGUUAUUCGAAUGUUGAAACAAGCGCGAUACCAACAUGGACAAUGAAGAAAAUUGUUAGUUCACAAAGUUUAUCGUUCACACGCGCAGGUUUUGAUGCUGAUCAUGAUGGAAUUGAAGAUUUUGACGAAAUAGCUCUAGCUGCAACACGUGAUGUGGCAAAUGUACAAAAUCAUUGUGUAAGAUUAUUACUAAGUGAUCAUCAAAUGAAACUACCUGUUUAUGGUUUACAAACACGUUGGGAUAGUGAAAUACCAAAACAACAUAGACAGAUGCAAACGCCGAUAAUAUCAGUAGCAACAUCGUCGAAUCAUACUCGAAUUGAAGUUAUUAAGAAGACGGGAACCAAACCACUUAACACAUUACCUGUAACAUCAUCUUCUCUACCGGUUCCUACGCCUGUUGUAACGUCACCCACAACAAGUGAACAGGAACUAUUUCUCGGCUCAUUAGCUCGUCAACUCAACGAACAGACAUGGCAACAACUUCGCUCCAUAUUUGACAAUUUAAAUUCUCAAAAAUCAUCAUCAUUGGAUAAUUCUCAACUAUAG